AUGAGCAUUUUACUUUUCUCUCUCUUUUUCAAUGUGGCAUUUGCUCAGCAAUGUACCGAUGGUACAGUUCGUCUGACCUCUGGUUCUACUUAUGGAGCAGUUGAAGUGUGUUUAAAUGGUGAGUGGGGCAGCAUUUGUCGUGACUUUUGGAACAAUGAAGAUGCAAGUGUUAUUUGUCGUCAGUUAGGAUACUCACCCUAUGGUGCCAUUGGCUCUUCAACUACAUAUUACUCAUCUCAUGCAGCAGCUCAUAAGAUGAUUGAUGUUAAUUGUACUGGAGCCGAAACUAAUAUUGUUAACUGUCCCUACAAUGGAUACAGCAGUUAUUCUUGUUCAACGGGUAGAGAUGCUAACGUGUUUUGUGCUGUUGGAGUUAGUUCAAGUAGUUGUACUUCAGGAAGUGUCCGUCUAGUUGGAGGAUCCAAUAAAUAUCAAGGAAGAGUUGAAGUUUGUGUCAAUCAAGCAUGGAGUAGUGUCUGUACUUCUAGUGGCUGGAACAUGAAAGCUGCUAGAAUAGUCUGUCAUCAAGUUUCAAGCAACCUAAUCAAUGUCAACUAUGGGACUGUUAGUGCAUUUGGAUUUCCUCAAGGCUCAGGAAGAGUUUUAGUGGGGUACUUCAGUUGUGAUGGAGAUGAAGCUAAUUUAUUAGAAUGUCAACCAAACUACCGCUAUAUGUAUGCUUAUGGCUACUGUCAGAAUAGUAACUACUAUCGUAAGUAUUAUGAUGCUGCUGUCAUGUGUGAAGGUGAGUAUACAUGGUAUGACAGUCUCUUUGCAUAA